UGGCCCAAACAUGUGGAUGGGCCUUAUCUGAUCCAAUAAUUCAUUUAAAAGCCCACAAAACCGCCGUCGGUAAUUAUCGUCAACUUUUCUAAAAAUAGAGAUUUUUGAAAAUGUAUCGGAGCUAGAAACACUCCAACAUCCCCUAUCCGACAACAAAAAUCUCCUUCUCCGUCACAGCUCCACCUCCGAGUGCUCCGCGUAGCGAGAGAUAGAGGGAGGCGACGCCGUUUUGUCUCUGAAAUUAGGGUUGUGUGUGGGUGUCUCUGCAGCUAAAGUCCUAGAGCUUUUUUGAUUUUCCUACCGAAUUCGAUUUCUCUGAGUUUUUAGGGUUUAUGCGAUGCUGCUAAAGGUCAGAAAUUGGGUAAUUAGUGAGGAAUUGGAGGAGUAGGUAUGUGUUGCUAUUUGGUUCUAGGUUUGAAGUGAGUUUAUUCGGGUUUUUCUGUGAGAGAAAUUGAUGGAAGGGGGAAGGAGAAUCUCGGCGAGUCCUCGGCCUUGCAACGGUAGGAGGGUGGUGGCGAAGAAACGACCUCGUAUUGGUGGGGUUGAUGGGUUCGUCAACAGCGUUAAGAAGCUCCAGAGGCGCGAAAUCAGCUCCAAGCGCGACCGUGCUUUCACUAUGAGCGAUGCCCAAGAGAGGUUUCGCAAUAUCCGCCUCCAGGAGGAAUAUGAUACGCAUGAUCCUAAGGGUCAUUGUGCCAUGGUUCUGCCUUUCCUGCGAAAGAGGUCCAAAAUUAUUGAAAUUGUAGCAGCACGUGACAUUGUGUUUGCCCUCGCACAAUCCGGUGUUUGUGCAGCAUUUAGCCGAGAAACCAACCAGAGAAUAUGCUUUCUGAAUGUCAGUCCUGAUGAAGUGAUAAGAAGCUUGUUUUACAAUAAAAACAAUGACUCACUUAUCACUGUUUCGGUUUAUGCCUCAGACAACUUCAGUUCUUUGAAAUGCAGAAGCACAAGGAUUGAAUACAUAAGAAGGGGUAAACCAGAUGCUGGAUUUGCUCUUUUUGAAUCCGAGUCACUGAAAUGGCCUGGUUUUGUAGAGUUCGAUGAUGUAAAUGGGAAGGUUCUUACUUAUUCUGCACAGGAUAGUAUAUACAAGGUGUUUGAUCUGAAAAACUACACAAUGUUGUACUCCAUAUCGGAUAAGAAUGUCCAAGAGAUUAAGAUCAGCCCUGGGAUCAUGCUGUUGAUUUUUACUAAAGCUAGUAGCCAUGUUCCUCUAAAGAUUCUGUCUAUAGAGGAUGGUACUGUCCUCAAAUCCUUUAACCAUCUCCUUCAUCGGAAUAAAAAGGUGGAUUUCAUCGAACAGUUCAACGAAAAGCUUCUUGUAAAGCAAGAAAAUGAGAACCUUCAAAUUCUCGAUGUUCGCAAUUUUGAGAUGACAGAAGUAAGCAGAACUCAAUUCAUGACACCAUCAGCCUUCAUAUUUCUGUAUGAGAAUCAGUUAUUCCUGACGUUUCGGAAUCGAACCGUGGCUGUUUGGAACUUUAGAGGAGAACUUGUGACUUCUUUUGAGGAUCAUCUUUUGUGGCAUCCCGACUGCAAUACCAAUAACAUAUACAUUACAAGUGACCAGGAUCUUAUUAUUUCUUACUGCAAGGCUGAUUCCGACGAUCCAUUAUCUGAAGGAAAUGCUGGAUCCAUAAACAUCAGCAAUAUCUUGACUGGAAAAUGCCUUGCUAAGAUAAGAGCAACCAACAAUGCUGAAAAAGAAUGCACUUGUAGUGGUGAGUCUUGUGGUGGCAGUUCCAAUUCGAAGAAGCGGGCCCUUUCAUCCCGAAUUAGGAGUACAGUUGCAGAGGCCUUGGAAGACAUUACCGCUCUCUUCUACGACGAAGAGCGCAACGAGAUUUACACGGGCAAUAGGCUCGGUCUAGUUCACGUAUGGUCCAACUAAUGGUUUCUUCGAGUUUAUUCUCCAUGUCCAUUAGAUUCUUUCUUGGUCUUCUAGAUGGUUGAAUUGAUCGCGCCGCUCCCCACCGCAACGACUCCCUAGAACUGUACCAUUAGUUUGCUCGUGUACCAUUAAUCCCUUUGUGUUGCCUGAAAUCCGAAUUCGUUCCUUGUGUCUCUGUUGAGCUUGAGAACUUAUUUUAUAGCGACUCUUUCAUGGUGGUGUAAUAUAAAUGUAGAAUUGAGUUUGCCA